UUUUUGCUUCGUUUUUGUUGAGGAUGCAAGAAUUGACUUCUGGAAAACGCAAUCCAAAAAUCCUCAACUCAAUGUUUGUUCAAUUAUUUAGACUGAUGAUUGCAUUUUCUGUGCAUCCUUUGUAUAGUUUCAGUCAAAUUUUUUGUAGUUAGUUACUUGCAAUUAUUCUACUGAAAAGUUAUGCAUAUUUAUGGAUAUCUUGCAUUAAUCUUACAAUUGGAUCUCAUUUAAGGUUGUAGUUUGCGGCAUGGCUUCAUAAUUUUUCAGUGCCAGGUCUUUCAAAGCAGCUUUAAAAUUACAACAGAUCCAUUAUAUGGUGUUGACCUACUGUUCAACUCAAUCUAAUUAAUUGCCACUCAAAAAAAUGUUUUUAAGUUCUUGGUAAAGCAUAGACAUGUAUGAUUAAGUAUAUUUUAGUAAUGUUUACUGUCCCCUUGUUUUUAGGGAAGUGGGUGAAAUCCUAAAAAGGUAUUUUAUUGAAGGUUUUUGUAUAUAGGCCUUAUUAAUAUUGUGAAUCUUCAUUAUAUGGACAUUUAUUAUCCAUUGACUUGUGCUCUUUGUCAACUAAUAAGUGAAUCUUCAUUAUAUGGAAACUUAUUAUCCAUUGACUUGUGCUCUUUGUUAACAAAUAUGAUUUUAUAUGAUACUCUCUAUUAAGAUAUAUUAUUGACCAAUAGCAAAUUGUAACGUGCAUAUAUGGAAUAUCUUCUUUUGGUAAGUUUCAAUAUGUAUAUAUACCAUAUUGACACCCCGAGGAAGUACAAAUAUAUGCCUCGAGUUUACACCAUACACCAAUUUGUGAUCUCAAACUCAGCAUUUCUUUCCUGUCUCUUCCUAUCAUUCACAAACAAACAUGACCAGUCAGGGGACAAUCCUGACUGAACUUGGCGAACAUGAUGCCCGCUCAUCGACAAGAGGAAGUGUUCUGGUAGUCGAUUGUGAUUCUGUAUGUGGUAAAGUUGUGUCAAAAAUGCUUUGUAGAUUUGAAUAUAAAGUUACAAUUGCUUAUCGAGCAGUUGACGCUUUGCGCAUUGUGUGGGAGACAGAAAAUGAGCUUGAUCUUAUUCUGAUGGAGGCUCACUUACCUGAUAUGCAAAUGAAUCCUCUGCUUACGCGACUUGAACAAAUGUCCAAUUUGCCAAUAGUCAUUAUGUCAGCUGACAAUGAUAGCAACACCAUAUUAGGAAGCUACUCUAAAGGGGCAGUGUUUUAUCUUGUGAAACCACUCACGAUGAAUGAUGUAAAGAACCUCUGGCAGUUUGCAUACAUCAGUAAAACAGACAAGAUGAUGGCUAUGGAAGAAGUAAGCGGCUUUUCUGCAGAGUCACAUAAUGGUGAUGCAGAUGAUGUAGAGUGUAUUGUGGGAAUGGAGAAGCAGGGUUUGCUAUAUGACAGAAUAAAUGAGGAGGAGACAUUGGAUAAGGAAGAUAUAGAAGAUGGUGUGGAGGUUUUGACCACGUCAAAGAUACUUUGGACAGAUGAGCUACAUGAGAAGUUCUUGAAAGCUGUAAAAGAAAUAGGCAUUGAAAAUGCUCAUCCGAAGAGUAUUUUUGAGCAUAUGAAUGUCCAAGGACUGAAAAAAGAACAUGUUUCAAGCCAUCUGCAGAAAUAUCGUAUUGCAUUGAAAAAAGAGCAAGAAUCUAUCCAAAACAUCAUGAGGAAAUAUCCCAUCAUGGCUGGUUUUGCACCAUAUUCUCCUUCAUCAACAUGUGAUCUUCAAGGUCCUGAUGGGGUGCCAAAUUUUAUGCAUGGACAGUCGACUCUUGUGAAUUGUCUUCCUGAUUCAUCUCAUCCCAAUUCUAGCCAAUUCGGAUUCAGAAAUUUAGUUAUGGGGGAGUUACCUAGCUCUAACCAGAUGGAAAACAAUAACUUUGAAGAAUUUCUGAAGGGAAGAACGGCUCUUAGUAAUGUGGAAGGUUCUGGCUUAAGUGCGGCCCCCUGGCCAAAUUUUUUGAACAAUCCCCUAACAAGACAAGAACAAUUUCUGAUGCCACAGCAAUCAUCACUGCCUCCACUACAACCACAAGGGCAGGAGGCAGUGGCUGGCAAUAGAGGGGGGUAAUGAUGAGUUAUUUAGGAAUGCAAAUGAAUCUUCCCCGCUUUCUUGCGAUGAUGCUUCGAGUGAAUUGUUGUACAUCACUGAUAAGUCAUGAAGUCGCCAUGUGAGGGUUGAAAGAAACUCUGAAAGAUUGUCAGGCUUUUGUUCUUUCAAUUUUCAUUGCUGGAGUUUGUGAGUUUAGUUUUAUAGUUUAUCGGAUGUCCCGGAAGGGACUGGUUUAGUUUUAUAGUUAGUAGUUUAUAUUCAACGCUUAAACUCCAGUCUCGUGUUCUUAUAUGCGCGAAAAUGACUGAUUUGGUGGCUUAAUUGGAAUUAAGCUUUUCUUUA